AUGGCAGCAGCGGCGGCCUACCGAGAUGGCCAAUUCUGCAAAGCAGAAGACCUGUACACAGAGGCCCUAGCAUCUGCAGUGGAUGCGGAGUCCCGGGCAUCUGCGCUCGUCAGUCGAGCACAAUGCCGAUUGAAGCUGCAGCACUUUGAAGACGCCCUCGAGGACGCUUCUGCAGCGCGUGCCAUCGCGCCCGAGAACCCGAAAGCAUGGUACCGCCUCGGCAUGGCCAACGCCAGUUUGUCCAGACUCGAAGAGGCAGAGGGUGCGCUGAAGGAAGCUUUGCGCUUGCGGCCCACAGACGAGGCUGUAGCAUCUGCACUGACAUCCGUGCGUCGACGGUUGCAGGAGGCAGAGGGCCGCUAUGCAUGGCUGGAGGUGUAUGAGAAAUACUUCCAGACGGGCACUUUGGCAGUUGCUAAGGCCAAGCAGAAGCAACAGUCAGAUGCCCAGCAGCUUGAGCAGCUUGACCAACUUCCUGAGGGUGAGGACUUCGCUAUCGCAAGCUUGGAUGUGGAGCCAUACGUCGGUCCCGCAUGUGCCUGA